AUGUCGGGUAAAGUAAAGAGGCAAUCCUUGAACACUAUUGAAUCGAGUGUAACUCGCUUAUUAGUAUCGACUAAGCAUUUAUUAGAGAGUUUGACUCAAUGGGCAAGGCGUGAAGUUGAUGAUAAGUAUGUUUCUGAUGCUUAUGUGAAAUUAGGAAAUGAUUUCAGAGCAUCAGUACGAGCAUUCACGCAUGUAGGAGUAGAUAUAAGCGACCUUGGGGACGUUCCCCAAGCAUUGAGGGUAAUCUUGGAAGCCGCUUUAAGUGAACCACCAAGCCAAGAAAGUUUGGAUAGGUUUUUACCAAAUAUUCGGAAUAUAAUUGUAACAUUGUUGCAGAACUUAAAACUUAAACAAAAUAAGGCCAAACUUCUAUCUCAAGAGCGUGAAAAAGAUAGGGAGAGAGAAAGAAAAGCAAAAGAACUCGAAAAUGAGAGAGAUCGGGAAAAAGAGAGAGAACGUACUGCUCAAAGAAUUCGUGAACGAGAAGGGACUCCCAGUAGACCAACACCAACUAGUGCCACACAUACGCCCUCUGCUUCCAUUUCUGCUCGCCACCUGUCUUCCUCGUCAGUGAAAUCUAGUAUCCCAACAAUUUCAACUAAUAAUACUAGCUCCUCACCUUCAAACGGCUCCGGUGCAGCAAGUAACCAAAGUAACAACCAUUUAUCAGUCCACAGCCAUGAUGCAUUGAUGCAAUUACAAAAGGGUAACUCGCUACAGAGAAGAGCAUCAAAGAGGUUUUCGGCUUACCAAUACGCAAAGUUGACGAAUAAUCAACCUACUUUAUCAUCCUUGCCCACAAUCACAAGCUCAGAUAAAACAAGCGAAGCUACCUCUGAUCGAACCUUGGAUAUACCCAGUGAUACAAGAGAUCAAUCGUUUGAUAGUAUUGUAAACACUACGAAUGGAACUAUGGUUAACAGUUCUGUCGAUAAUAGCUCAUCAAUUUCAAUAUUUUUAAGGAUAAAUAAUAGAACAAAAAAGGCCAAAGUUGACAAUCCAAUAACCUUUAAUUCAUUGAGGUUGCUAUUUGUUGAAAAGUUUGCAUAUUCUCCAGGAACAAAUGCUUUUCCAGAAAUAUAUAUUCAAGAUUUGCUUAACCAUAAUAUUAGCUAUGAGUUGGAAGAGCAUAUGUUAUCAGCGGAAAUCAAAGAUGGAAGCUUGUUAUUGCUAAACGAACCUGAUCCUCAAUUAGAAAAACUAAAAAGUUUAGAAGGUAAAUUUGAACAUUUGAGCACCAAAGUUGAAGAAGUAAGUACUCACAUGGUAGGAGAAAUUAAGAGCCUUGUAAAAGGAAUUGAGCUUUCUCCUGAAACAAUUACAAACUUAAUUUCGCAGAUUCCUAUCUCUAAAGACAAGGAUGUAGGAAGUGGCCCCACAAUGAAAACACAAAUGAGGCCUUCAGAUCUUGCCGAAUUGAACUCAAUUCAGCAAGAACUCAGAGGCAUUAGACAACUUCAAUCCAAAAAUAAAUCUGUUUUAAGUGAAUCCAUUCAGGAAUCUUUAGCAGAGCUCUCUACUCUCAAAAUGUCAGCUCUUACGUCUUCAAAGACUUCAAAUCGUACAUAUAUGGAUGGAUGUCACGCGAAACUUUCGGAAGAAUCAGAUUUACUUCUUACCAAAGUUGAUGAUUUGCAGGACAUUAUGGAAGCACUCAGAAAAGACGUUGCUCAAAGAGGUGUGAGAGUUGGAGAACAACAACUCAAAUCUACCGUAAAAGAAAUAAGAGAUGCUAAGACUCGUUUACAUUUGAUGAAAGAGUAUAUAUCUACAGAAAAGGUGAAUUGGAAGCGUAUAUGGGAACGCGAAUUGGAUACUGUGUGUGAAGAGCAACAGUUCUUCAAUUUGCAAGAUGAUUUAACAAAUGAUUUAGAAGAUGAUAUAGGAAGAAUUGAGGAAACUUACGGACUUAUUGAGCAAUGCUCUCUUGAGCAGAGUAAACAGGUUGGGUACAAAAGGAACAAAGUCAUGGCCAAUUUACACAUCCCUGAACCUGGCGAAAGUUUGCAUUCAAUGAAAGAUGCUGUGCUAAGUGAAGUGGCUGCAUUAAGGCCCAAUCAUGAGAGUAGACUUGAAGCAAUUGAGAAAGCAGAAAGAUUGAGAGAAAGAGAACGAGAAAUGAUGAAAUUAACAAAGUUCCAAGCCGAGUUGGAAGAUUAUGUUGACGAUGCUAAGUUGAAGAAAUCCGGAGGUUUUGAAGAAAUAGAGAGGUUGAGAAAGUUAAAAGACGAAGAGAAUUUAAAAAGUUCAUUCGGCUUAAUAUAA